CCAUAAUUGAUGUCGUCAGUUUCGUUUCCCUCCCACCCCCUUUAAAGUCAUACUCUCAUCCCUAUUCCGUCUAUCCCACACAACACUCAUUAAAUUCGCUCCCACCUUUCUCUGUUAACCUAAACUCAAAUGAGGCCACCCACUUAAUCAGCCAUCGGCCACCACGACAUCACUACCAAAUCAUAUUGCCGCUCACUAGCACAACUACGACCUCUACCACUCACUUCUACCUCUAUGUUGACGAUCUACCCCUAAGAAUCUCCGCCUCGGUACACCACCUUCAACCACUCGAUAACCUCUUACUCUUCUUUAUAACCCUAAAUUUCCAUUUUCAAACACCAUAGAAAACCCUCCUCCGUCGUUGUACAAUCCUCUUCCACCACCACAACGCUACCUUACACUUUCUUUACUCACCUCUAUAUUUUCCAUCGUCACUGACGAUGUUCUCGACACAGCUGUAUGUUGCCGUUGCUUACAACCACAAUACUCAGUUUAAGAUCAAGUUGAAGUCGAACAGACGUUGCUUACAACCACAAUACUCACUUGAAGAUCUUCUUAUGGUUGGAUCUUCACGUGUGUUUGAGUUUUUGUCUUAUAUCAAGUUGAAGUUCAUAUCUUUGUUUAGCAUCACAUACUCUGCUAUUUCUAAGGAAAGAGAGGUCUUUAAGCAUAAUCACUCUCCAUAUCUGUUGAGUGAAAAGUUCCUACCUUUGUGAGAGAAGAGAGUUUUAUCCGAUACUUGACGAUAUUGCUCCUGGUGUUGCUUUGUUGCUUUGCCCUCUUUAUAAAUCAAGACUUCACAGGAACUUGUCAUACUUGUUGUGCGAAGAUAUUAAGGUUUAUUGAUUUUCUUGGUGAUGUUUGGAUUCAAGACUUUAGUUAUCAUCUUAUUUCAUGGUUGUUGAUCAGUGAGCAAGCACUUUGUCUUUUUUGUCUCCCUUUUAUGUUUAUAUGUACCAACUCUUUGUAUUGUUCCAUCUUCCC